GACAUGCAUCCAGUCCGCAAAAGCAUAACCCAUAGAACCGGCCUGUAAACCACUCGCCGCCUGCACAGCUCGCGUGCAGCUGUCGACUCGGCAUCGAAGUCCCAGAAUGCGGUUUGUCGCCUUCUCCGCAACCUCGGGCGCCUUCUUGACAUAUCAUGAUUUUGGCGCGCCGCACGGCGGCCCCAUCAGCGAGGGCGCAGCAGUUGCAUCCCGCCUGUUCCAAGUAAACCACCUGCUCCUGCAAGCCACCGGCGCUGCCGAUGACGUCGGGGCGGGUGCCGACCAGGCGGCCGCAGCGGGGGGCCCGCAGCGGCUUGGCGGCCCUGGUGGCGGCGGCGGCGGUGGCGCAACCAUUCUCGGGAUGGGCGCGCGCCGUGUACCCACCGCCAGCCGGCCCAAGGGUGGCCGCACGCGCCUGGCAGUGCGGCAGUGGCAGCUGGACGGGUCGGGCGAGGCGUGGCAGCUGGUGGAGGAGGCGGAGCUUGGAGUGGUGGUGGGGCUGUGCGUGCCGGCCAGCUGGAGCGCGGACGCAGCCGGGUACCUGGCGCGGGCGCUGCGAGACGCCUUCGUGCAGGCCCACCGCCCGCAGCUGCUCGCGCUCGCCUCCUCCAGCGCCGCCCCCGCCUCCGCAGCCGCCUCCUUGACCCUGCCCGCCGGCUCCCUGGCUACUGCCGCGGCCUCCGCCGCCGGCCCCUCGGCCACGCCGGCGCUCAAGCCCUCGCCCGGCGGCGUGCCUGGGCUGCUGACGCUGCAGGCGCUCAAGCUGCUGUGCAAGCUCACGCAGGAGGGGUUGGACGGGAUGCUGGGCGCGGGGCUGCGGCCUGCCUGGCUGUACGUGACACACGUGGAGUCCUUCAUGGGCUCCCACCUGGCAUCGCGCGUGUCAGGCGCCGGCGGCGGUGAUGGUGGCGCAGGCGGGGUGGUAUCCAACGACGGUGGCAACGGAGUAGGGGACGUCGCCAUCGGCGGCAAAAAGGGAGGUGGCAUCUUCAAGAGCAUGCUCAACAAGCUGGGGGGAGGGAAGGACGGCAAGGACGGAAAAGGCGGAGGUGCUGGCGGCAAGGGCGGCAAGGCCGGGCCGGGGUCGGCUUCGUCGCGACAGGGCUCGCAAGUGGAGGCGCUGUCGGCGGAGCGGUGGGAGGCGGGGCCGGUGGGGCACCUGCAGCACUUGGUGCUGCGGCCCGCGGCGCCCGGUGCGCCCGAUGCCUUCGAGUGGGAUGCCACGUCCAUCGCGGCGGCGGUGCUACAGGUCAAGCCGCCGGACGAGCACGGACUGGGCUGGCGCCCGCCGGCGCCGCCUCCGCCCGGCCUCAGUGAGCUGUGUGAGGGCCUGCCGCCGGCCUACCCGGAACUGGAGGACGUGGAGCUGGAGCUGGAGCUGCAGUCACCGCGUGGCGGGGCGCCGCGGCGCUUCUCGGUGACCGGCUUGCGGCUGCAGCACAUGAUAGCGGUGGUGGCGCAGCCUGCUCACUCGGAGCCGCCGGCAGCUGGGCUGAGCCGCGUGCGGCUGCUGCUGCGCGACAUGCUGGCGCCCAUGUCUUCUCUGUUCCACUACUUGGCCAUGUGGUCCAGCCAGGACGACAUCGCCAGCCACCGCCUGCUGCUGCGGCUGCUGGAGUGACACACGAGGGGCCGAGGGGAGAGGAAGCCUCGUCGCGCCAGGGCCGUGUGCCCCGGGAUGCAUUGAAUGGGUGCGCCGGGUGCCGGAUGCAUUCAUGUCC